AUUAUUGAUAAAGCCCACUUUCUUUCUUUCUUCAUUUUUUUUUUCAUUAUUCUCUAUUUUGUAGUAUUCUCACCCUUCAUUCCUUCCUAUAGAUCCAAACCUCUCUAGUCAACUAACAAGUCACUAUGAAACUUUUCCUUAAAAUCUAUAUAUAGGCUUCACACACACACACACGCAUAUAACUAACUCAUUUCUUAGCUGAAGCUUACUAAAAUGGUGGAGGCAUCGGGUGGUUAUGGAGUUAGCCAUGGCUGGAGGAGUACUGAUCAGCUUCGUAGCUUGGGUUCCCAAGUACUGUUCGGCCGAUGGUUCAUGUUCUUGGCUUCAACUCUGGUCAUGUCAGUCGCAGGUGCCACCUACAUGUUCGGACUUUAUUCCUCGGACAUAAAAAACUCACUAGGCUACGACCAAACAACACUCAAUCUCAUAAGCUUCUUCAAGGACUUAGGUGCCAACGUUGGUGUGGUUUCAGGGCUACUCAACGAGGUCAUGCCACCAAGUGUGGUCCUCUCCGUCGGAGUAGUCAUGAACUUCUUCGGCUACUUCAUGAUUUGGCUCGCCGUCACGUCCAGAAUACCGAAACCCCAAGUGUGGCACAUGUGUCUCUACAUUUGUAUUGGAGCUAACUCUCAGACUUUUGCAAAUACUGGAGCUUUGGUCCCUUCUGUCAACAAUUUCCCCGAAAACAGAGGAAGUGUUCUGGGGUUGUUGAAGGGCUUUGUUGGGCUUAGUGGAGCUAUCAUAACACAACUCUACCAUGCUCUGUAUGGUGAUAAUACUAAAGCUCUUAUCUUACUGAUUGCUUGGCUUCCUGCUGCUGUUAACUUCGUUUUUCUUAGAAUCAUUCGGAUAAUUAAGAUGCCUCGACAACCGAAUGAGAUCAGAGUCUUCUAUAAUCUUCUUUAUGUUUCUCUUGGGCUUGCUGGGUUUCUCAUGGUUUUGAUUAUUAUACAGAACAAGCUGAAGUUUACUAGAGUUCAGUACGUGGCAACAUCUCCAAUUAUUGUUCUUCUCUUGGUUUUUUUACCUCUGGCCAUUGUCAUAAGAGAAGAGUACCGUAUUUGGAAAGCCAAAACUACUCUGCCUCUGCAAGAUGUGGUCAUACCUCAAAAUAAUCAUGCUUCUGUUCAAUUAGCUGAUGCGCAGCCUAGUAAUGAAGGUGUUAGUCGAGAAGCUUCCCAAGAAGAAGGCUCAAGUUGGUGUAAAAACAUUUUCAACCCGCCGGAGAGAGGCGAAGACUACACCAUUUUACAAGCUCUUUUCAGUGUAGACAUGUUGAUCUUGUUUAUUUCUACAAUCUGUGGUGUUGGUGGGACUUUGACACUGAUCGACAAUUUGGGACAGAUCGGAAAAUCGAUGGGAUAUCCAACUCACAGCACCACAACUUUUAUCUCACUCGUAAGCAUUUGGAACUAUCUUGGAAGAGUUGCUUCUGGUUUUGCUUCUGAAGUAUUUUUAACCAAGUACAAGUUCCCUCGUCCCUUAAUGCUCACUUUGGUUCUUCUUUUUGCUUGUGUUGGCCAUAUCUUGAUAGCCUUGGCAGUCCCUUACUCAUUAUAUUUCGCUUCUGUGAUCAUUGGAUUUUGUUUUGGUGCUCAAUGGCCUUUGAUAUUUGCAAUAAUAUCAGAGAUUUUUGGGCUCAAAUACUAUGCUACUUUGUACAAUUUAGGUGGUUUGGCAAGCCCAGUUGGGGCUUAUAUCCUAAACGUGUUGGUAGCUGGUCGAUUGUAUGAUAAAGAAGCUUUGAAGCAAUUAGAGGCCAAAGGUCUAGAAAGGGAAGAUGGGAAAGAUUUGACUUGUGAUGGUGUUCAGUGUUAUAGAAUGGCUUUUUUCAUAAUCAGUGCAGCUGCUCUUUUUGGAAGCAUGGUGUCAUUUUUUUUGGUUAUUAGAACAAGAAAAUUUUACCAAGGUGAUAUCUAUAAGAAAUUCAAAGUAGGCACCACAAGUCCUACUACUGCUGAUAAUGAUCAUCAAUCUGAUAUGGCUAAGAAGAAACCUGCAAAUGGGGUUCUGAACUCAUCAAGUUCUUCCACAUAAAUUCAUGAGUGAGUUAGUGGUUACUAAACAUAAAUGUUAUAGUUCACUGAAUCUGUAAUGAUUUCUCCUAUAUGAUGAUAUUUAGCUUCUUUCCACUGCCUAUUUUGUUUUUUUUUUUUGGUUGUCAGACUAUCUAGUGUCACUUGUGUACAAAUUUUGUCCACUAACUUCUCAGUAUAGAAGUGGACAAACAUUGAAAUCAAUAAACAUCAUCAAUUUAUGACACAAAUAAAA